GGCAUUUAUGACAAACCAGAAUUCAAACGGCUUUAACAACAAAUCGUAGACAUCCAAUCACAAAUCAAGAAGCUGCAAGAGUCCCGCAAGAAAAAUCAACAAUGCAUACGAAAAUCCCGUGCACUCAUGCUAUCAGAGAUCGGAGCUUUGCGAAGAAAGAUCGACCAAGUCCUUGAUCAAUUGGAGCAAGACACAAUCAAAGAGCUGGACGUUAUGGUAGUAACAUUUUAGGAGCAAAUGAAGAACGACAUUGAACAGUCCGCACAGUUGAGCAAGGACAUAAAAUCACUUGCAGAUAGCAUGGCGAAGACUAAGACGAACAAUUCCUUGGCCUACGUUGGAUAUUCUCGAUGCCAGAAAUUAAUUACAGAAACCAAAGCUAUUCUCGAAGACAACACAAGCAAACAACAAGUAGAGUUGGCGUUUGUGCACAAUACAGGGCUAAACGACCUUAUUGAUUCUUUAAUGUCUUUGGAACGGUUUGGAGAUAUUACUAAUAUGUCUCAUGUUUUCAAGGUUGAGAAUGUGAAACAAUUCAAUGCGGCACUAAAAACUGACAAAGAAAUUUCAACUAUAACUGGAAUAUGUGAACUAAUAAGUGGAGAGCUCGUCCUCGUCGACAAUUACAAUUGCCGUUUAAAGCUCCUGAACCAGUCCUACCAGGUCGUCGAUCACUGUGACGUUCCAACUCAUCCACGAGAUGCAUGCCAUAUUGCGGGUAAUGAGCUAGCGGUUGCUGUCAACUGUAAUGAUGAUAAUAGACAUGAAGUUCGAUUCUUCAACGUUAGGGAUUCAGAGCUACAACAUACAAGAAAGCGAACGUUCAGUCACAUAGUAGCUAAAAUAGCUCAUCAUUCAGGGCGUCUGUAUAUCACAUCUGACACUGCGCUUUACUCUUACGACAAGGCAGGUAAUGACCGGAGAAAGUUGUUUGAGGACGAGUCGGAUGCAUACACCGUUUACGAUUGUGCUGUAAGCUCUGAUGGCAGUAAAAUCUACAUCGCAAAUGUCUCCAAAGACCAACUUCUUACCUUGGAUAGAGAAGGAAAUAAACUAGCAACGCUCAGCGAUCCCAAUAUGAAAGGUCCACGCGCUGUACACGUGUCACCUCUAGGUCACGUUUUUGUCUGCUCUUAUAUCUCAGACACCGUACUUCAAGUGGACAGGGAAGGAAAGAGGAAGCUGGCUACACUGGCUACACAGGCUGAUGGAUUGGUGAAACCACAUUCACUGUGUUACAGAAGCCCUAUAUCAAGUCUUGUUGUAGGACAAGCUGAAAAUAACAACAUUGUUGUGUUGAAGGUGAAAUAAUGAAUUACAAAAACGCUCAUCAGAAGACUUGUACACUCGAUAAUAAGCCUACUUCUAUAAAAAUUAGAUUUUGCGUGAAUGUGAGAACUUGUUAACAAUAAUGUAUCCUAGUUUAUAUUAAGAAUGUUUGAGUGAUAUACCGGUGUACAAUGUGUGAUUAAUUGCUGAGUCGUAUCACAUUACAUAGAAAUUAUACAUAUUUCAGAAAAAAUAUCAUAUUUUUGAUUGGUUGUAAAAAAUUAACUUAUAUAUCAAUAUUUGAAUAAUCAUGAU